CAUACAAAAUUACAUUAGCAAAUUGGUUUUUUAAAUUGACCUCACGGGAAGGUACUUCUGUGCGAAAAGGGGCCGUCAGAAGCCAGAUACAGCUAGGCGAGGCUUCAUAAUUGUAGCAACUAGCAAAGUAAGGGCAACGGAUGCAACAGCAGAAAAAGGAUCAAACGACGCAACCAGGCUAAAGAUGACAGCUUUACGUGCUCUUGCCAUCAUUUUGAUGGUGCCGCUCAUUUAUGCCGCCGAAUUCACAUACGAUAACGGCCCGCACGGACCAUCCCACUGGGCUAGCCUUUUCCCCAAGGAGUGCGCGGGUAGUCUGCAGUCACCUAUCAAUCUCAAGAUGAGCCAGGCUACGGACAAAGAUCUGGGCAAACUUGAAUUGGAUACCUUCUUCACGUCCUGCAAAUGGCCGACUGGGACGGUAGUCAACAACGGUCAUGCGGUGCAAAUUGCUUUCAACCAAGAGUUUGUCAUCGGUGGGGGCGGGCUUCCUGGAAAGCAGUACAAGGUGGCCCAGCUUCACUACCACUUUGGAAGCAAAAACGGACAAGGGUCGGAGCACGCCCUCAACGGCAGGCACUACGAAGCUGAGAUGCACCUGGUGACGUACGACACCAAGUAUCCAUCCUUUGACGAAGCUGUGAAGAACAAAGACGGGUUAGCAGUGUUUGCAGGAAUGAUCGAGGUGGGCUUCUUCGAAAACCACUUAUACAAAGACUUCCUAAGUGCUGUAAAAACUGUCAAGUACAAAGGAUAUUCCCGCAAGUUCUCUUUGCCCUGCUGCUUGGUGGAUCUGUUGCCUAAUGACUUUGGUGAUUUCUACCGCUACCGUGGCUCACUGACCACGCCUCACUGCAACGAGGUGGUCAUUUGGACCGUAUGGAGGAAACCUGUGCGACUGUCUUCGGCCCAGAUUGGGGUGUUCCGGAGCCUGUACAGCAGCGAAGAUCACGCUGUUACCAAGGUACCGCUGGCUGAUAACUACCGCCCUCUGCAGGCGGUCAAUGGUCGUAAAAUCCUGUACAAUGGCGUGCAUAACUAUCGCUGGGUGCUGAACCUCGAGAAUGUGCUGUUUCCACCUAAGACUAAGAGUCCUUAUUUCGUCUGAGUUUUCGCAGUUUCAUAAGUGAAGUUCUCUGCGCAAGGGCCUUUUUCACGUGGUUAUUAAACAAGGGCACUGCAUAUUAAAUACAGAAUGAAGUUGAAAUUUAAGUUUAAUUGAUUUAAAAGUAACAACUGCGGAUCAUUAGUUUCAUCGUUAUUGAGUAUCAAGGGAUAUUAAUUAAUGCAUUUAUUAAUCGUUGGUGUAUGGGGGAAAUUAAUUUAGCAUUCUUCAUUUGUCCUUUUGGAAUUAAAUAUCAUUCAUUUAAAAUAGA